UUGCGUUCGCAGGAUGGGGGAUCUCUGGACCAGUCCCUGAAGUUGGCCGGCAAAAUCCCUGAACAGAUCCUGGGCAAAGUCAGCAUUGCGGUGUUAAAGGGCCUGGCCUACCUGAGGGAAAAACACAAGAUCAUGCACAGAGAUGUGAAGCCAUCCAACAUCCUGGUGAACUCGCGCGGGGAGAUCAAGCUGUGCGAUUUCGGCGUGAGCGGACAGCUCAUCGACUCCAUGGCCAACUCGUUUGUGGGGACGCGCUCCUACAUGUCCCCGGAGAGACUGCAGGGCACCCACUACUCCGUGCAGUCGGACAUCUGGAGCAUGGGGCUGUCGCUGGUGGAGAUGGCCAUCGGACGCUUCCCCAUCCCGCCACCCGACGCCAGGGAGCUGGAGCAGAUCUUCGGGCAGCCCGUGGAGGGGGACCCCUCGUCCGCAGAGACCUCCCCCAAACCCAGGCCCCCCGGCAGGCCUGGGAGCUCCUACGGCCCUGAGAGCAGGCCUCCGAUGGCCAUCUUUGAGCUGCUUGACUAUAUUGUGAAUGAGCCUCCUCCAAAGCUGCCGGGGAUCUUCAGUGCUGACUUCCAAGAUUUCGUUAAUAAAUGCUUAAUCAAGAACCCAGCAGAAAGGGCAGACCUGAAGCACCUGGUGGUCCAUCCCUUCAUUAAGCAGUGCGAGGCGGAGGAGGUGGACUUUGCCGGCUGGCUGUGCAGCACCAUCGGGCUGAACCAACCUGUGACACCCACCCACAGCGCGGGGGUGUGAGAGCGUGACCCUCCCCCCACCAUCCCUAACAGCCAUGCCAAACAAGACCCUCUGCCAACCUCCAGCAAACACACACACACACACUAACCAACCGCCUACCAUGUGCUAACACCCUCACACACAAAAGUCUGCCAAUCAGUGAAAAUUAGCCAAUCACUGCCUCAUUACACAAGAGAACUAGAUGGGCACUUGUAGAGUGCAGACCUCCGCCAAGGUCCUCUCUCUCUCUCUCUCAAUGUUAAAGUUAGUGAAAAGAAAUGUGUUGAUCCGCUCCAAAAUGUAAUGACUUCUUCCUUGGCCCAUUCUACACCCAUUGACAAUCGGCCUGCUAGUUUUUGUGUAAUCCUGCUGACAGAAGCAAAGACGUACCCUCCUUGGCAGAGGUCACCAGGCAUCUUCUAUAAUGUAUGUCUGUAAGAGACAGUCCGACAGUGGAGGCCUCUUCUAUAAUGUAUGUCUUAAGAGUCAGUCCGACAGUGGUUUGAGAGAACACGGCUGUCAGUAUAGACUGUUAAUGAAUUGGCAGGAAUCACUGCACAAGUGUGUCAUGUCAGCACAAAAUGCUUCAUCCUCUGCCAGGACACAUCAUAGCCUUCAAGAUGGUCGCUGCCACUUUAAACAGCCAACUCUGAGGAAACCUGGAGGGUCUCAAAGCAGGAUUAGUUUCCUGACAAGUGAGGGACCUCAAGCUGGAACAGCACUUUAAACUCAGAUCCAUGCUCCAGACUAGAGGUUGCACUUUAAACUCAGAUUCAUGCUAUAGACUACAGGUUAGUUUUUAAUUUUCCUCAGCAGUUAUCUGGCCACCAGACAUGUUGCCAAGAAUUGCCUAAUUGUUGUUUAGACCUGUAGGAACAAAGCCAGAAAAAAAAAAAGCCUAAAUGCAAACAUCAUACUAGAUAUUUUUCUUGGUUUAUCUUCCGUUUGUUGAAGUGGUUUCAGCCUUACAUCGAACGACCUCAACUUGUUCUAUGGCCAAUUUCAAUCCCUUAAAUAUGCUUAUUUAUGGUAGGGAAGUCUUUCCGAGCCUUGUACCGCUGGUCUACCCCAUGUGUAUGUGCAAAUUUGUGUUACAAAAAGAGAAAAAAAUAAAUCUAAUUUAAGGGUA